AUGGAGCGCUGGAUCCGCGAGGCGGAUCUCGAUGGUCUCAAUAUUGGCUAUGUGACCACGCCAGGGACGUUUGAGGAUUUGAUUGACCUUGUACUUCCCGAGUUAAGGAAGCGUGGCCUUUAUCCAGAGCCUUCGCUCCAAUCGAAUGAGCCGCUUGCUCUGCGGGAGAAGGUGUAUGGGAAGGGCGAAAAGGAGCUCAGAGGCGACCAUUCAGGCAGCAAGUAUAAAUUCGAUGUGUACGAAGAGGAUGCACCAUAUGGUGGGAAUUCCGGAGUUGUUUAG